AUGAUAUCCUGGAAAGGUCUUCCCUUAGUUCUCGCUGCUAUAGUCCAAUCAGGGUAUGGACAAGACAUACCAACGACUGACUUAGCGCCGGCGAAAUGGGUCCAUCCUGGAGCAAUGAUCAGUCAAUCCCAACUGGACUUUGUCAUAUCCAAAGUGAACAAGCGCGAGCAACCCUGGGCGGAUGCCUACGAUGCGCUUAUGGACGACGAGUUUGUCAGCAACCCCCAGGCCCCAUCGCCGCAUGUCAUCGUUGAGUGCGGCCCUUACUCGGACCCGGAUGUCGGAUGCAAGGCGGAACGUGAUGAUUCCCUGGCAGCGUAUGCCAAUGCUCUGGCUUGGGCGAUCAAUGGCACCGAGGCGUACGCUCGCCAGGCGAUUCGGAUUAUGGACGCGUACUCGUCCACAAUCCAAGGCCAUAACAACUCCAAUGCACCCUUACAAUCAGGCUGGGUGGGCUCUGUGUGGGCACGAGCGGGUGAAAUUAUUCGCUAUACGAACGCUGGGUGGUCGGACGAUGGCAUCCAGCAGUUCGGGGAUAUGUUGCGUAAAGUGUAUAUGCCACUAACGGUGAACGGAACGGCAAAGAAUGUUGCGAACUGGGAGCUAGUUAUGACCGAAGCGGCUAUCAUGAUGGCCGUAUUCCUCGAGGACCCUGACUCAUAUAACACCGCAAUGGGGUGGUUCUUGAAACGAAUCCCAGCCACAGUAUACCUGAAGAGUGACGGAGAGUACCCGGUCGCAGCUCGCGGGCAAAGCUCCUCCCCAGACGCAAUCAUUGCUUGGUGGUUUAAUCAAACUACAUUCCAGGAGGAUGGUCAGGCACAAGAGACAUGCCGAGAUAUGGAGCACACUGGCUACUCUUUUGCAUCCAUGGCUCAUGUGGCAGAGACCAGCCGCAUCCAAGGGACUGACCUCUACGAAACGGACUUGGGAACGCGACUCCGAGCUGCCUUAGAGUUCCAUUCUCAGUUUGACAAUGGGAAAGAACCUGAGUCCUGGCUCUGUGGUGGAAAGCUGAACCUACACUUGGGUAACAUUACCGAAGUUGGCUUUAAUGCGCUGUCGUUCAGAAUGGGAUUAGAUAUGCCGGAGACAGAGAACCUCACUGAGAGACAACGACCAGCUAGGCAGAAUGGCCUCUUUACAGCAUAUGAGACGUUGACACAUGCACAAAAUGAUGCCUGA